UCCUCCUGGUCUUCAGCACUGCUCCCCGCUGGACAGCUCCUGCUUGGACACCUCUAACGCUGCAUGGUCCCUUUAAGUCUUUUAAUGGAAGUAAAAUCUAUUUAUGUUGCAAGAAAUAUUGGGAGUUUACAACUUCAUCCACAGGAGGAAUCUACGGAUACCUCGUUUCGAGAUUUGUGGCAGGCAGCGUAUCCUCGGCGGCACAGAUCACACAUUCAUUGUUAACGGCGACUGACGAGCCGUGUGUGCACAGGCUUCUCCAGACAUUUGGUCCAAAGGUUAGGGUCUAAAACACCGCGAAGCUGCUGUCUACGUGGACUGGUGCUGAAGCCUCCCGUCCGACUGCCAGGACCUCUGCCAAAUCCAGAGACAUGGCGACGAACGGCACCAAAACGGAUGGACAAGUCACAGAACUGAACGAGGUGGCCACUAAUAAUGACAAGCCCAAGUCACUGGACGUGAAACCCGAUAAGCAGAAAAAGGAAUUGCCUGAUAGAGAGACAUGGGCGGGAAAAUUUGAUUUCCUCCUGUCGUGUGUGGGUUAUGCAAUUGGACUGGGAAACGUAUGGAGAUUUCCCUAUCUCUGUGGGAAAAACGGUGGAGGAGCCUUCUUGAUUCCCUAUUUUUUGACCCUCAUAUUUGCUGGGGUCCCCUUGUUUCUACUGGAAUGCUCCCUUGGUCAAUACACCUCAAUUGGAGGGCUUGGUGUGUGGAAACUGGCUCCUAUGUUUAAAGGUGUGGGCCUUGCAGCAGCUGUCCUGUCCUUCUGGCUUAACAUUUACUACAUUGUAAUCAUUUCUUGGGCCAUUUACUACCUGUACAACUCCUUCACCACUGAACUUCCAUGGAGCUCAUGUAACAAUCCAUGGAACACAGAAAAAUGUUAUACAAACUACUCCAUUGCUGAUACCACCAAUCUCACCAGUGCUGUGAUGGAGUUUUGGGAGCGCAACAUGCAUGAAAUGACUGAUGGCUUGGAAAAACCAGGCCAGAUUCGAGUGCCACUGGCAAUAACACUGGCCAUCGCCUGGGUCCUUGUGUACUUCUGUAUCUGGAAAGGGGUUAGCUGGACAGGGAAGGUCGUUUACUUCUCAGCUACAUAUCCCUACUUCAUGCUGUUUAUUCUCUUCAUCCGUGGGGUGACUCUACCUGGAGCUAGAGAGGGAAUUCUGUUCUAUAUCACCCCUGACUUUGAAAAGCUCAAAGAAUCGGAGGUAUGGCUGGAUGCAGCUACCCAGAUCUUUUUUUCCUAUGGAUUGGGAUUGGGGUCACUUAUAGCUCUGGGCAGCUACAACCCUUUCAAUAACAAUGUUUACAGAGACUCUAUCAUUGUGUGCUGCAUCAACUCAUGUACCAGCAUGUUUGCUGGCUUUGUAAUCUUCUCUAUUGUUGGCUUCAUGGCACAUGUGACAAAGAAACCCAUUGCCGACGUAGCAGCUUCAGGUCCUGGCUUAGCUUUCCUGGCCUAUCCAGAGGCUGUAACCCAGUUGCCAGUGUCUCCACUCUGGGCCAUUCUGUUCUUCUCCAUGCUGCUCAUGCUGGGGAUAGACAGCCAGUUCUGCACUGUUGAAGGCUUCAUCACUGCUCUGGUGGACGAGUUUCCCCGAGCUCUUAGGAGUAGACGAGAGAUCUUCAUCGCGGUUGUCUGUCUGGUGUCCUAUGUGAUCGGACUUUCAAACAUCACACAGGGUGGGAUCUAUGUGUUCAAACUGUUUGACUACUACUCUGCCAGUGGAAUGUGUCUGCUGUUCUUGGUCUUCUUUGAAUGCAUCUCCAUAUCCUGGUGCUACGGUGUGAACAAGUUCUACGACAACAUCCAAGAGAUGAUUGGGUACAAGCCCUGUAUAUGGUGGAAGCUGUGCUGGGUCGUGUUCACCCCUCUCAUCGUCGGCGGGGUGUUCUUGUUCAGCGCCAUACAAAUGGUUCCUCUCAAAAUGGGAGACUAUGUGUUCCCAGGCUGGGGUCAGGGAGUGGGCUGGCUCAUGGCACUGUCCUCCAUGGUUCUCAUACCAGGGUACAUGAUCUAUAUGUAUCUAGGACUCAAGGGCACUUACAAAGAGCGACUUCGGAUAAUGCUGCAGCCUCCUGCAGUUGUCAGGCGUCAGGAGAAUGGACCUGAGCAACAGGCGGAAACCAACACCGCUAACCUGUCCAGCCCUGCCAAUCCAUCCAAUCCCGCUAGCCCUGCCAACCCAGCUCCGGCAAACCCUGCCAGCCCCACCAAUCCAGCUCCUGUCAACUCAACCAGCCCCGUGACCCCCGCUAAUCCGGCUCCUCCGCCGGCGAAUCCAGCCACUGCCACUAGCCCCGUGAACCCGGCAACUAGCCCCGCUCCCACCAUCACUACCACUACCACCACAGCCAGUCCGGCUAACCCCACCACUACAACUGUUAGCCCGACCAGCCCACCACCAAACCCAGCGAGCCCAACGGAGCCCGUAAAUCCCCCGAACCCAACAAGCCCGACCUCUAACCUGACCAAUGCCGAGGCCAACGUGUAGACAACAAAGAAACCCUCAUGGAGCAUGUAGACAAAAAGAGAACAUUACAAAGGACUUCCAAGAUUUUAAUUGAUUCACCUACCUCCAGGGGCAAUAUGUGAUCAAAACAGAUUUUCAAACCAUGUUUAAUUUUUCUGCAUUUGUAAAACCAAGCCAAUGAUGUCUUAUUGUUGGUUUGGAUUCUGAAAACAAUAUCAAAGACUGUUAGUGUUCACAAAUACAACCAUAAAUCCGAGUUUAAAAAAGGUGUAAACAUACUGUGUAAUACUGUGAGAAAAGAAAAAAAUAUAGAGAUAUAGAUUAGAGAUUUGUUGAAUAUCUUCAUGAAUCAAGUAAAUACCGUGUGAAUAUAGUAGAUGAAGUAGUGAACAAAAUUGACAUCAUUGAAGAGUGCAAGUGGAUGGCGUCAAUUUUAUUGUGGAUGUUUACUAAACCUCACACAGUUGUCUAUUUUCCAAACGUUGCACUCUGUGAGGUAAACUACAGGCCACAAGGCGAACGGGGAGUAAGCACAAUGCCAAUAAGAAGUUCAUGUUUAGGAGCUCUGGAGAAAUCCAGUAUUUGUUGCAAAAGAUUUUGUGUGUGAGAGAGACUGUUAUUUUUUCCUUCCUUUUUUUUCGGUAAAAAAGA